AUGUCAAUUACCAGUGCUCGACAAGCGCAUGUGGAAGGCCUAUCUACAGGACUUAAGCAUCCUUCUGGAAAAGGAAAAAGACUCAUUGUCUUACAUAUCGGUUCCAAAGAUGGGUUUGUCGAUAAUGGAUUGCUAUUGUUCGAGUCUAAGAAAACUGGUGACUACCACGAAGAUAUGAAUUCAGAUGUUUUCGAGCAGUGGUUACAAAGAAUUCUACCAACUCUACCUCAAAAUGCGGUUAUUGUCUUAGACAAUGCAGCAUACCACAGUAGGAAAUACGAAAAAAUGCCAACCAGUGCCACGCGGAAGGCUGAUAUUCAAAGUUGGUUACGACAAAAUAAUAUUCCAUACACUGAUGAUAUGGUCAAGGCAGAACUAUUAGCAUUGGUAAAAAAUAAUCCUAUUGAACAGAACUAUGUGGUAGACGAAAUGGUUAAACUCACAGGUAGGUGUGUGCUGAGGUUACCACCGUACCAUUGUGAGUUAAACCCCAUCGAACUAAUUUGGACGCAAGUAAAAGGCGAAGUUGCGAGGAAAAAUAGUACAUACAAGAUACCCGACGUAAAGGUAUUGUUCAACCAAGCCUUAAGUAAUGUUACAGCCAAUAAUUGGCAAAAUGCUGUCAAUCAUGUUGAUGGAAUUAUAUCCAAGAUGUGGCAAUUGGAUUUUAUUAUCGAACGGGUAAUAGAACCAAUUAUUAUUAAUUUAGGUAACGAUAGUUCCUCAUCGGAAGACUCUGAUAGUGAUUAA